AAAAUAGUUGUCCGUGCAAAUGGAAUUAUUUCGAUGGUGGUUGUUACUAUAUUAGUCCGGGAACAGCCAAUAAUUGGCUUGCUGCACGAGCUGAUUGUCGCGCACGUGGUGGAGACUUGGUUGUGCCAACAAGUAAGAUAAAUAAUCAGCACAUUUACGAGGUUAUAAAAGCGAGCAACGUCGGCACAGCAUACAUUGGUCUCUUUAAGGAGGACAGAGGUCUUGGAACUAAUAAGAUUUACACCGUGCAUGGCGUCGAGCCAUCCUAUACAAACUGGUUGCCAGGGGAGCCAAAUGAUUCUGGAGGAAUCGAAGAUUGCGUCGAGCUGGUGUACAAAUCACGUUUUUGGAAAAAUGGCGGCGAUGUUGGUGGACAAUGGAAUGAUCUGCCAUGUAACGGCUACCCUCGUCAUUUUGUCUGUCAAAUGAGCUCCCAAAGUUAG